UCAAUCCUCUCGAGAAGCAGCGGCGUGUAUGGAUCGUCCCACCACUGCUUGUUGAGAGGAUUGCAGGAUUGAUCCUAGCUCCUCAGCAUUGCAGCAGGAGGUUGCCUGACAAUUCGACCAGAACAGCUAGAAGCUCCAUUGUCUAGCUUGCAGCUGGUUCCUGGAACCACGGGAGAGUAAUUCGUUUUUUUUCUCUAGCGUGGCAUUUCUACUCUCGUGCUAGUUGCUUGACCUCCCGCCAUGGCUACGCUACGCGUUUCGUCAUCCGCGACUGCCGCAGUCGGAAUCUCGCCGUGUGCAAUUUCAGCGACCAGGCAACAGCAAGCUCAGAUCUCCUUCCUAAGCACCGUGAUAAGUACUCCGCUAAGAGCAAUUUCUUAUCGAAGCGUAAACUCGCUCGCCUCGCCGGCAUUGCGACCCAGAGCCGCCUUCUCGGACAUUUCCUCCUCCGUUUCCCCCCGUCGCCAUUCGCUCUUACGCGCGGAAUCAGCGGUCGAGAAUCGCGAAGCUUCGUGGAGCAAGCGAUCAGCUGUUGUGGCGAGGAGCAGCGAUGGCGCGACGGAGGGAGCAGCGGAAGCGGCGGCAGCCGGCGACGCCAAGAGCGAGCUCACGAAGACGAUUCAGCUGGGAUCGCUGUUCGGCCUGUGGUACCUCUUUAACAUCUACUUCAACAUUUACAACAAGCAGGUGCUCAAGGUGUUCCCGUACCCGCUCACCAUCACAACGGUGCAGUUCGCCAUCGGGUCGAUCGUGGUGCUGCUGUCGUGGGCCACCAACAUCGUCAAGCGCCCCACCAUCUCCAAGGCGCAGCUCCUGGCGAUCCUCCCUCUCGCCCUCGUGCACACCAUGGGCAACGCCUUCACCAACGUCAGUCUGGGCAAGGUGGCCGUGUCCUUCACGCACACUAUCAAGGCGCUCGAGCCCUUCUUCUCCGUGCUGCUCUCGGCUUUUGUGUUGGGCGAGCAACCCACUCUGCCUGUGGUUCUAGCGCUCAUGCCCAUAGUGGGAGGCGUGGCGCUCGCCUCUGCCACUGAAGCGUCGUUCAACUGGGCGGGCUUCCUGUCAGCCAUGGCGUCCAACCUCACCUUCCAGUCGCGCAACGUGCUCAGCAAGAAGCUCAUGGUCAAGAAGGACUCAUCUCUAGACAACAUCAACCUCUUCAGCGUCAUCACCAUCCUCUCCUUCUUCCUGCUGCUGCCCGUCUCGCUGCUCACUGAGGGCGUCAAGUUCACACCACAGUUCAUGCAGGCGCAGGGCCUCGACGUGCAGAGGGUGCUGGUUCGCUCCGUGCUUGCGUCUCUCUGCUUCCAUGCCUACCAGCAGGUGUCCUACAUGAUUCUGCAGCGCGUCUCCCCGGUCACCCACUCGGUUGGCAACUGCGUUAAGAGGGUCAUCGUUAUAGUCACAUCCGUUUUGUUCUUCCGCACACCUGUCUCGCCAAUCAAUGCCGUCGGCACUGCCAUUGCUCUUGCUGGUGUCUUCGGCUAUUCCCGUGUCAAGGCUGCCAAGCCCAAGGCUGCUUAGAGUCGUUGGCUGGUGGAGACUGUUAGAAUGUCUAGAGAAAGUUGACUAAGGGAGAGAGGCCGAGGGUUACAAAGGUGGGAAUGUACCCUCCAAGAACGGACCUAACUAAGGCUAUAACAAAUAUACUGUACCUAGCAUAGACAAUUAUAUUUGUUGACACACCCCCUAGCGAAGAUAAUGGCAGUUCCUAA